GCCCGGGCGCCCUCUCCACUUCGGGGCGCACGGCCGCCCCCCGCGCCCGGCACGCACCCCGGCCCCCGGGCAUGCGGCGGACCCAGGACUGAGGGGCGGCGGCUUCUGCUCUCCGGAUCCCGCCCGGCCCUGGCCUGGCGAUCCCGGGGGUGCUCCGGGCGGCGGCGCAGCCCGGGGACUUUUCGCCUCUCCCUGGCCUCUCCCGAGCGCGUCUAUGAGCGCAGCGUUCCCGCCGUCGCUGAUGAUGAUGCAGCGCCCGCUGGGGAGUAGCACCGCCUUCAGCAUAGACUCGCUGAUCGGCAGCCCGCCGCAGCCCAGCCCCGGCCAUUUCAUCCCCAGCCUGCCCACCGGCUUCUGCUCGGGCCUGGCGCAGGGCAUGGCGCUCACCUCCACGCUCAUGGCCACGCUGCCCGGCGGUUUCUCGGCGUCGCCCCAGCACCAGGAGGCGGCGGCCGCCCGCAAGUUUGCGCCGCAGCCGCUGCCGGGCGGCGGCAACUUCGACAAGGCGGAGGCGCUGCAAGCCGACGCAGAGGACGGCAAGGGCUUCCUGGCCAAGGAGGGCUCGCUACUCUCCUUCUCGGCGGCCGAGGCAGUGCAGGCGUCGCUGGUCGGGGCUGUCCGAGGGCAAGGGAAAGACGAGUCAAAGGUGGAAGAUGACCCGAAGGGCAAAGAGGAAAGCUUCUCGCUGGAGAGCGAUGUGGACUACAGCUCGGAUGACAAUCUGACGGGCCAGGCGGCUCACAAGGAGGAAGACCCCAGCCACACACUGGAGGAGACCCCGCCGAACGGCGGCGCCGCGGGCAGCACCACAUCCACGGGUAAGAACCGGCGGCGGCGGACUGCCUUUACCAGCGAACAGCUGCUAGAGCUCGAGAAGGAGUUCCACUGCAAGAAGUACCUCUCCCUGACCGAGCGCUCACAGAUCGCCCAUGCCCUCAAACUCAGCGAGGUGCAGGUGAAAAUCUGGUUCCAGAACCGCCGGGCCAAGUGGAAACGCGUGAAGGCCGGCAAUGCCAACUCCAAGACAGGGGAGCCCUCCAGGAACCCCAAGAUCGUGGUCCCCAUCCCUGUCCACGUCAGCAGGUUUGCAAUUAGAAGUCAGCAUCAGCAGCUGGAACAGGCCCGGCCCUGAGGGCCCGGCGAGGGCAGGCCAGGCCUGGCACCCACCGCAGAGAAGCUCCAACCCCAGGGAACACAUGGUGGACUAUGUGGUUUGAAGUAGAACUCAAAGUCAUAUUCCCGAGGUGGACUUCCCGAGCGAGUUGAGAAUAUAUUCACGAAACAGGCUAAAAGACUGCUUUUGAUGGGGCUACAGCCACACCUGAAGAUACACUAAAUAUUUAUUAUACUAUCCUACUUUGUACAUAGAUAAUCUAUAUACACUGGAUCUCAGCUGCAGUAUUUUGAAAGUUGUAGGACCAAGUUACCUAGUAAGAGCCUCCACUUACAUUCCAGAAGAAAGCAAAACCUCCGCUGUCCUCUGCUGUCCUUAGCACUCACCUUUCCAUACUUCCCCAAAGGUAAACAUGAAACACAAGAACAAACACUGCGGUUUAAACUUAACUUUUGCUUCUGUUUUUGGCUUUUUGAGUUGACUGCAGAGCAGCCGUGGUUGGGCAGCCUGGAAAUUUACUUUGCGUUGCUUUUGCCUGGCUUUGUUUCCUGGGCUUGUCCAUCCUGAGGCAUGUCUCCACUGUGUUUAAUUUAUUUCAAUGUAGCUUAUUUUCUUAUAAGUUAUGGCAUUUAAACAAUCUCAGUCUUGUGAAUAAUAAAAAGGAGCGGAAAAAACGAAACAAAGAUCAGUGCUUGGGUGGGCCUCCUGGGUGCGUCCGGACUUUGACUGGUCUGGGCCACCUCUCCACACCUGCCGACCAGCUGACCUCGGGACAGGAGCCACGAAGCACCUUGGCAGGUUUUGAAUUGGAAGGCAAGAGCGCCAAUAGGGUACGGGUUUAAGAAAACGUACUUAUCAUCUUGGGGCUCCAACAUGGCCCCUUUUUGCACAGCUAGGGGGCUGGCAAACUUAGGCCAAAGGAGGAGAGGGGUCCCGGGCAGGGAAAGUGAGCGUGGGCGAUGGUGGGCUUUGCAUAAACUUCAGGGCGCUAAGUCGACUUCAGCCAGGGAAGAGGUGCCUUUCCUUAUCCACAGCACCGACCCGAAAAGCAGCUGGGCCCUUUCCCCGCCGGCUGGGUCAAGGAUCCAUAAAUCAGGCUGGGGCGUUAUCUUCCGACAGGCUCAGGA